AUGCCUAAGUACAAGAAAGUCGUGCGACAAGGACGUGCAAAAGUAGCAAUGAUGAUCGCAGCUCGCCGGGCUAAAAGAACGGGACGAAACAGUCAUGAAGAAACACCAACAACAUCUAAAGAUUCUCAACAAAGUUACGUUGACUGCACAACUCUGCUUCCGCUUCUGCAACUGCAGAAGUUCCGCAUGUUUUUUCACUUCCGUUUCUGCUUCUGGUUCCGCAAAUUUUAUAACAGAACUCUGAACGGAAGCGGGGAGAAAGCGAGCGGUGCAGCAGACGCGACGGCCGGCGGCACGGCGCGGGCGGUUGCGGGGGCCGCGCGUGGACGAAUGACACGAGCGUCGAGCGUCCAGGCGCGCGUGCUGCCGAUAAUUACCGAAUCCCUUCCGCGUAUUUUGGGAGGGAGGGGCGCGCGG